GGUGAUCACUGCUCCAAAGAGGUCCAAAUGGCUACCCCUCGUCCACACAGUGGUGGUGGAACUGAAUGGGACGAGCAUGGCAAAAAUCACAGAAGAAUCCGAAAUGGCGAAGCGCGGAACCUCUGAUUCCGAAUCCGAGGAUGCUUCGGUAUCAGGGUCUGAGUCCGAGGAGACACACACGAUGGACAAUGGGAAGAAGGGUGUGACGGAAUACGAGAAACAGAGGCUGUCGAGAAUCGCGGAGAACAGAGCCAGGUUGGAGGCUCUGGGGUUGCCCAAAAUGGCUCUCUCCUUGAAAAGUUCUCAUCUUCGCACCGCUAAGAAGGAAAAAGAGAAGGUUAAAGAAGACGAUGAUGAAGAGUAUGUACCCGAAGACGAGGGAGGACCCGGUUCAAGUUCUUCAAGUGAUCAUGAUGAAGACAGUAAAGAUGAAGACUUUGCUACUAAAAAUUCUUCUGGGUCACGGAAAAGGAAGGGGAAGAGCAAAGGUUUGCAAAAAAAAGCCGGAGUCUUUCGGAAGAAGGAUGUUGAUAAUUCAGAGUACAUUGAUGAUGAUGAAGCUUUGAGGCAGGCAAUUGCUCUUUCCUUGCAAGACUCUGCCGAAGGUUCACGUUUACCUGACCAGAAUGUAUUGAACAUUAACAAGACUGACAAAAAGGGUAACAAUCAAACUCAAGAAGAUAAGGGAAGAAAGAAGAACAAAAAAUCGUUUGCAAGUCGGCUGCAACUCACAGAGGAUGAGCUCAUUGGACACUUCUUCCAGCUUGAUGAAGCUGGAAAAGGAACUUUAAAUGUAAGGGAUAUACAAAGGGCAGCUGCAGCUCAUGAUUUUUUAUGGACAGACAAAGAGUUAGUUGAUAUGAUCCGCUGCUUCGAUAGUGAUGGAGAUGGAAAGCUAUGCCUAGAUGAUUUUCGGAAGAUUAUGGUACGUUGCAACAUGAUUAUAGAGUGAUGAAGAUAUGGAUAAAUAUGAAUAGAAUCACGUAAAGAUAUGAGAGAAUAGGUCUUUUGAUACCUUCGAGUAUGCAUUUUCUAAGCACAAGUGUUUUUAUCUUAUAUAACUAUUUUGUUAUGUGUCCGGUAGCAGUAGAUACUUAGCUAGUUUGGUCUGGAUACUUAGCUAGUUUGGUCUGGAUGUGAAGAUGAGUGGGGAAUAAAAGGGAAGAUCUUGUAAUUCAGAAUCAUGUUGGUGAAUGGCGUGUAUCAUGUCUACGUAUUUUUUUCUAAAACAUGCCUACAUAUAUAGCAUAUACUGGUAUACAUUCUGUGUUUGGUUUCUC